GUUGAUGAAUGUCACGGUUUGUUUUAAUUUGUAUACUCACUUUCAAAGCUAGUCUGACGCUAGAUCUUUUUGAUAUGUUGGACGAAUCAUGUGAAUCAUCUGACGGAUUAGAUAAUAUUUUUUCAGAUGAUUUCAGUAAAAUUUCUACCCUAGAAGAGGCAGGAGGGCUGCCUACGUUGUGUGGAAUCUGUGAGAAGCCAUUUACUAACCCGGUUAUUCUGAGUUGUUUGCACAUAUUUGACCGUGAUUGCGUCCGAAACUUCGAGAAAAAUGAUAGUAUGGUACCUUACACUAAAUGCCCACGAUGUGAUACUCUAUCUGGGAGUGUCAAGACACUGGAAGCUUAUGAUUUAUCGGUAGCCCAAACGCGCUCUGAAGGAGACGGCUCCCAUAAAGUGAGUGGUGCAACUGUUAAGUGUUCAGUAUGUACUGAUGGAAACGAUGCUCUUUACCGAUGCCUACAUUGCGCAGGAACACUGUGUGAACGGUGUCGCGAUAUUCACAAGGUUAUGAAAGUUUUCUCAAAUCACGAAAUACUUGACCUAACUGAGGAAGAAAAGGGAAAUGCGGAGAUUUUGCAACGCAACAUGCUGAACACUAAACCAGUCAUGUGCACAAUUCAUCCAGAAUCAACGUUCACUUCAUUCUGUUUGCAGUGUCAUAUUCCUCUUUGUGAAACGUGUUUUGAAUGCGAACACAAAGGACAUAUAACCAUCCUUUUGGAGUUGGUACCCACACAUAUAGACUCUUUACUGUCAGAUAUGGUCGAAUGUUGUCGGUUGAGGCAAAAAGACUUCCGCGAUUCUAUUGAGAUGAUGCACAGUUUGCUUUCAGAGUUAAGUUCAUCCAGAGAUGCCAACAAAACCCUGAUAAAUAAAACGUGUAAACAGUGGAUAACAUCCAUCGAAAGAAUCAAGGAUCAGUUUGUCCACAAAAACAGAGAAAUCCAUGACGAAUUAGAGAUGAAAAUAUGGUCUCGAAUUAACACUAUGAGCAAGACUGUAGAUCAUGUAGAUUUUGCAUGUGACUUUGUAAAAGUCUACUUAAAAAAAUGUUCCAAUAUUGAAAUUUGCAAGCUCUUUAAAAAUGUGCUUGCUUGUUUUGACAAGUUAUCAAAGCAGCAAGUUAUCAAUGACCCUUCAGCCAAAGUUGUUUUCUCACCAGGAUUAUCAACUUACGAUGUCAUUCAUCAACAUUUCGGUACCUUCAGCUUUACGAAUGGAUUAGACCAAGAUUUACAACAGGUUUCUGAUUCUGUAUUAGAAGGAUUUACGGCCUCAAACUCCCAUAUAGCUGUAUUGAGUAGUGUGGGUGAUAUAGCUAACGAUCUCAAGCAACUGACUCUCAAGGUUGAUGGUCACAUGGGUCCGGAUCAUCUUGGGGGCCUAGAUCAUUCAGCCACAGUGCAUUUACCACCAGUUAGUCUGGUACAGCAAGACGGUACGUGUGAAAAUAUCAAUCCAUCGGCAGUUGGCAACGGGAAUAUGAUUAACUACAUAUCGAGGUCUAGCAAUUCAGGUGCUCCUGGACGCCAUACUAGUAACUGGUGUGAUUUGAAUGUUACUUUGCCAAGUCUUGAGCCGCCUGAUUUCUUGUGUAACGUAACACAAGUCGACCCAGUUUUCAGCAAUCCGUUUAUCACUACAGACAACCUGAGGGCCCCAGGAAGUAAUGUAUCAACAUUAGAUGUGGAUUCUAGUCUUAUUUUAAAACAAAAGCUUCCUGUCAAUUAUAAUGCAACCUUGUACGAAUACAGUCGAAUGAGAGCGGCCCGCUGUUCACAAAUGAAUCUCUUGACGAAGUGGGGUUCUCUCGGUUGCGAAUUAGGACGUCUGAAUUCUCCCCACGGCUUUUGUCUUGGUUUUGAGGAAGAGAUAGUUGUUGCUGACACAUAUAAUCAUCGAAUACAGGCAAGUCUUUUACUAACUUGUUAACUUUUCAUAGAUAUUCACAAAGCGUGGUGACUUUGUAUCAUUCUUUGGAGUCUCUGGUAGAGUGGAUGGCUUGAUGUGGUAUCCGCGCAAAGUGGCAAUUAUUAGACAGAGCCAACGAUAUGUGGUGUGUGAUCGUGGGAACGAACGGUCUCGAAUGCAGCUGUUUAGCCGAAGUGGUCAUUUUGUACGACGUAUCCCGAUUCGGUACAUCGAUAUUGUUGCAGGGCUUGCAAUCAAUCAACAUGGACACAUUGUUGCUAUUGAUAGUGUUUCGCCAUCGGUUUUUGUUGUAUCAGAGGAAGGUGAUCUAAUCCGUUGGUUCGAUUGUAGUAACCACAUGAGAGAACCAUCAGAUGUCGCGAUACAUGGUCGAGAGUACUAUAUUUGCGAUUUCAAGGCACAUUGUGUCAUUGUUUUUCAGGAGGAUGGGUCCUUUAUUCGUCGUAUAGGAGGCGAAACAAUUACUGACUUUCCAAACGGUAUAGAUGUUAGCGACCAUGGAGAUGUACUAGUUGGAGACUCACAUGGGAACCGUUUUCAUAUUGCUGUGUUUAGUCGAUCGGGAGAGCUGCUAAGCGAAUUCGUUUGCAACCAAACAAAAGUCAGUCGCUCAUGCUGCUUGAAAAUAACGACCGAGGGUUAUGUUGUUACGCUUGCACGCAGUUCUAAUAAUGUUCUGGUCCUCAAUACUUUAUAUAUAUGUUAACAAUGAUUUUCAGCCGGUUACUAUCCACAGCACAGCCAGCAUACUUCCCAAGAUAUCGUUCUUCCACUCACUCAUAGCAUCACAAUGUUUUACUCGAAAUCAUAUUUGGUUUUACUAAGUAUUCAUUCUUGUCCGUUUUGGACAGUUUCUAGCUUUCGUGCUUCAAGAGUCAUUUUCCCCCGUGAGUAUUUCGGGGUGCUCGUGAUAACUUUUUUUUUCAAUUUACAGUAUGUUUUUUCGGUUUAUUCAUGUUCAUUUUUUUCUUAUCAGUUUUGUGGACUCUAGUUUCAACAGAGUUCGGCCUUUUCCCAUAUUUAUAUUGAUUGUUAUUAUUGCUAUUAUUUAUUAUUAUUUAUUAUUAUUAUUACUAUUAUUAUUAUUAUAUUAUUAUUAUUAUUAUUAUUAAUAUUUCAUUUCUUGGCUCCGUUUACGGUUUCAAAAAACCAUCGAAAAAUUUAAUUUUACUGAACAUUUUUCGGUCUUAGAAACAUUAGAUAGCAUUUUAUCUGGAUUGUUUUCAUGGUAUUUUUGCAAUAUUUUUGAGAUUACGGACUAUUGUUUUUUUUCUUAUUGUAUCAUUUAUUUAGUCUCUUGUUUACUUAGUCUAGUGCAUCAAGUCCGAUUUAUUAUCGGCGGUGCAUACUAAUGCUCGUAUGCAGUAUGUUGAUUUUUUUUUUCAAGUGAUUACACACGUGCCUUUCAUAAAUUUCUUUACAUGACAAUUAGCUGUUUUCACAACCACUUUUACCCUAGUGUUGUGGUCUCGGAUUGCUCAUACUUCAGGCUCAGGCCGUUUUCAUAGUUCUCAACAUUCUUUUAAUGGUCAUGCAUUUGUUCCGUUGUUUUUGGCUCCUUAAGGGGAUGUCUUAAUAAGUGAUUACUUUCCUUAUCCAUUCCGUUUUUCUGCAUUAAUUGCUGAUUAUUUCUUUGGUCCUAUUGACAAUUAUGUACCAAAAUCUCAGAGUUUAAUGUUUUUUUAAUCGUCACUUUCACUUUUGCAUUAUAAGCAGUUUCAUUUUUGUCUUUCUUUAAAGCUCCAGAAUAAUAAGUCAUGUUUUAGCAAUAAUGAUUCCAUUUUCAUGUUUUGAAACGUACAAUUAUUGUCAUUUUUUCUUUAGAAGGUUCUGUAACAGUCUAUUUCGAAGCCUACAUUGUGGCUUGUAUUUCUCACCUGUUGGUUUAUUACAUGUUUUCUUUAUCCUAGUUUUUAAUAUCAACGAAUGUCAUGU